AUACUAAACCCUAAUUGGCUCGCGUCCUUUAAGCACUGCGUAUAAGAGGAGAUUUACCACCGCAGCUGCCGUUUUCUUCAACCUCUGCUCACAGAAACUAGGAUUUUCUGUUAUCUGCAACUUCGCGGCGAUGGGCAAAGGAACGGGGAGUUUUGGGAAGAGGAGGAACAAGACGCAUGUCCUAUGCGUGAGGUGUGGCCGCCGCAGCUUCCACGUUCAGAAGAGCCGUUGCUCCGCCUGCGCUUUCCCAGCUGCGCGGAAGAGGACAUAUAAUUGGAGCGUGAAGGCCAUUCGCAGAAAGACAACCGGAACUGGACGAAUGAGGUACCUGCGCCAUGUUCCUCGCAGAUUCAAGACCAACUUUAGAGAAGGGACUGAAGCAGCACCAAGGAAGAAAGCUUCUGCCGGCUCAGCAUAAGGGCUGCGUUGAGUUUGCAGGCUAUUCGUGGGUACUACAUCUUAUUGCCUUUUUUCAUGAAGAAUUAGAGUUAAAAAUGAAUUUUGUGAACGCAAUUUGAAGGGGCGUGUUUACAUUUCGAUUUGGAUCCUAAUUCAGUUGCUAUGUGUUUGUUGGUAUUUUGAUUCGAAAUUCUUGGAGACUAUUAAUACAUGUAGACGAUCUCUUCAUUGUUGGUUGCUAUUUAGCUUUGCGGUCAUCACA